UACGACGCGCAAGGGCUUCUCUCUCACGACGUUCUCGAAUACAAAGGCCCGGUCGUAGAGUGCGGCGAACGUUGCACAUGCUCAAGUGAUUGUGAAAAUAAGGUCGUUCGACUGAACCGCACACUACCCAUGCGUAUUGAAAAAACGGCCUCCAAAGGAUGGGCACUGUUCAAUGCAGACACAAUUAUUCGUCGUGGUGAAUACAUCGGAACGUUUGCAGGCGAGUUGAUCACGGUAGCAGAAGCCGAUCGUAGGGAACGCGUUAACAGCCACGCUUUCGGGCUCGAUUUCUGGUUUUUAGAUCGCACGCUGUGGAGACGGUCCGUCUAUCUUGAUUCUCCUCUUCUUACUAUAACUGCGCAGUUCACGAAAUAUGUAAAUCAUUCUUGCGACCCAAACUUGACCGUAGUCGGAGUGUACACUGAUCACUAUAUCGCCGUACCCCGCAUCACGUUCUUCGCUAACAGAACGAUCCACGCCGGGGAGGAACUGUGUAUCUCAUACGUUGACACGGCAGACGACUCGGAGGAAAACAGCAGCAUACAAUACAGGGACUGCCGCUGCAACUCGGCGAAGUGUAAAGGUACGACGGUGGUGCAGAAAGAUAACGAUCUCAUUGGUAAACAGGACGACUUCCAAUAUAAUCACCAAGAGCUCACAACGCCCGAACGCACCGUUUCAGCAUCACGAUCUACAUAUCUACCCACCUUUUAUUAG